UUUCGCCAGCGUCUCUCAUUCGUUUAACGAGAUGUCGGAUUCGAAUUCGCCGAAAACAGAUGCAAGCAGUUCAAGUCUUUCAGGAAACUUACGACAAUUUCGAUUUCAGAAGAAACAACUGAAACCAUCGAAUAUGUCGGAUGAUGAUAGUAAUUUAAUGGGAUCUGAGAUACAAUUUCGACGUAAGGCAGUGAAUAUAAUUGAAGAUAGCGAUAGUGAUGCUGGUAGUACUAAAGAAACUAACUCUUUAAAUUCUACAGAAAAGGAUAUAUCUAAUAAUAUAAAUUGGAAUAAUGAAGAAGGUGAUGAAAUUUCCAGACAUAAUCGGAAAAGAACCUUUAAAAAUUCUUCAAGAAUCAAUAAGAAAAAAAGAAGAAAAUUAAACACUGAAGAAGAUAUAGAUAUUGAUUCAGAUGAAGCAAGUUUUAAAGAUAAAGUAUUUGAUAGUGAUGAAGAUUCAGAUAUUGAAAUAUCUAAUGAGCUUACUGCUGAUAAGAAAGCAGUCUUAGAAUUUAUGCAAAAUGCUCUUACAUCAGAAUUAUUAUUGAUGUCUCAAUGUUCUCAAAAAAAAGCAAAUGCUAUUAUAGAAGCAAGACCAUUUGAAAAUUGGAUAGACAUAGUUCAAAAGUUCCAAAACAAUAAGUAUCUAGAUACAGAACUUUUGAAUUCAGCACAGGAAUUGUUAGCUACUAGACAUGCAGUAGAAGCUCUUAUGAAAAAAUGUCUACGUUUGUCUACAAAUAUUGAAAGAGCUGUUGCUGCAGGAGCAUCGGCUAUUACAAGGCAACCAAAAGGAUUAUCACCAAAUUUAAAGUUAGCACCAUAUCAAAUGGUUGGAUUAAAUUGGCUUGCUGUAAUGCAUGCACAAAAUGUUAAUGGUAUACUUGCGGAUGAGAUGGGUUUAGGAAAAACAGUUCAAGUAAUAGCUUUUCUUACAUAUUUAAAAGAAGCUGGUCUCAAAGGCGAAAAAGAUGGACCACAUUUAAUCGUUGUUCCGAGUUCGACAAUGGAAAAUUGGAAUAACGAAUUAGAACGAUGGUCUCCUGAUUUAAAAGUUGUACAAUAUUAUGGUACUCAAGAAGAAAGAAAAGAAAUGAGAUUUGGUUGGCGAAACGGUGAUUUGGAUGAUGUGGAUGUUUUAUUAACUACGUAUAAUUUAAUUAGUAGUACACCGGAAGAACGGAGAUUAUUUCGUGUUAUGCCUCUCUAUUAUGUUGUUUUCGAUGAAGCUCAUAUGUUAAAAAAUAUGGGUACUAUCAGAUAUGAAAACCUUGUUAGGAUUAAUGCUAAACAUCGAAUUCUCCUAACAGGUACUCCUUUGCAAAAUAAUUUAUUGGAAUUGAUGUCGCUUUUAAUAUUUGUGAUGCCUUCAUUAUUUGCUGGUAAACAAGCUGAUUUAAAGAGUUUAUUUUCAAAGAAUCCUAAAUUACCAUCAAUUAAAAAAAAUGCUGAACAGCCAUUGUUUGAACAAGAACAAGUGAAAAAUGCAAAGCAAAUCAUGAGACCAUUUGUGCUUCGCCGUUUGAAAGCUGAAGUUCUUAGAGAUUUACCAGAAAAAAAAGAACGAAUGAUUAAAUGUCCAAUGAUAGAGAAGCAACAAAAAAUGUAUACUAAUUUAAUUGCCGAAUUUUCGGCCGAAGCUGAUCAAAGCACGGAGGUAAACGGUAUUGGAAUGAUGAUGCAGUUAAGAAAAUUGGCUAAUCAUCCACUUUUAGUGCGAGAUUAUUACAACAAAUCCAAAUUAAAAGUAAUAUCGAGUAGAUUAGCAAAGGAGCAUUCAUAUAAACAGAAAAAUGCAGAUUAUGUAUUUGAAGAUUUACAGUGGAUGUCAGAUUAUCAAAUAAAUCAAUUAACAAGAACAUAUAAGAGCAUAGCUGGACUAGGUUUACCUCAAGAACUUAUUCCUGAAGCUGGAAAGUUAAAGAUUUUGGACGAAUUGUUACCAAAGUUAAAAGAAGAAGGACAUCGAGUGUUAAUUUUCAGUCAAUUUACAAUGAUAUUAGAUAUUUUAGAAGAAUAUUUAACAAUUAGAGGACAAACGUACUUAAGAUUAGAUGGAAGUACACCAGUAACUGAUAGACAAUGUCUGAUAAAUCAAUAUAUGGAAGAUGAAAAUAUAUUCAUAUUUUUACUAUCUACAAAAGCUGGAGGCUUGGGGAUCAAUUUAACAGCUGCCGAUACUGUUAUAAUACAUGAUAUUGAUUUCAAUCCAUAUAAUGAUAAGCAAGCGGAAGAUCGCUGUCAUAGAGUAGGUCAAAAAAGACCAGUUAGCAUAAUUAGAUUAUUAAGUGAAGAUACUAUAGAAGAAGGCAUGUAUGAAAUAGCUCAAGAUAAAUUACAUCUUGAACAGCAGAUUACUGGUGAUGAAGAAAAUGAAAGUACAGAUAAGAAGAGUGUGUUAAAAUUACUUAAGAUGACAUUAGGAUUGGAUCAUAAUAAAUCGUUAUCACUAUCUCCCGUGAAGAAUGCAAGAACGAGUAAUGGAUUAUUAAACGAUGAAGAAAAUUGUAAUAUAGAAUUUUGAAAGUGAUAAUUUAUCUAAACAUAUUUUUUGCUAGCAUUUUUAUAUGCAUCCUUAAUCUUUGUGAUAAAGUUUAGUAUCGCAAUUGCACUUUAAAGAUUAAAAAAAAAAAGGAACGAAAAAAGAAAAGAAGAAAAUAAAAAAAAAUAAUAUAAAUACUAUCUUAAAGUUGCAUUUCAUAUUUGAUUAUUAAUUAUCAUAUACAUGAAACUUUUUUGCUUUUUUUAUUUAAUCAUUACAUACGUGAAAUUGAUUAAAAAUGUGUGCACAAUUUAAAUUAUUUGUGAAUUAUGGAACUCAAUUAAUUUUGACAUUUUGUACAUCAGUUAUAUAUUUCAUCAUUUUUUAAUUUAUAUUUUAGAUUUAUUCAUAUAUUUUGUGCUCGAUAUCUACAUUGUAAUAUUUAAUGAUAUGUUUUUAAAAAAUUUAAAACAAUUAUUAAGACUGCACAAUAUUUAAUAUUUACACAAAAAUAAUACAGAAUGCUGAAGGAAAAUGAACAAAAAGAAAUUCAUAUAAACGAUGUCAAACUAUUUGAUAUUACUAUAUACACAUUCCUAAACAAAUAACUUGAUCUUUGUACAAAACCAUUAAAGAUAUUAUACACCUUUUAUCAGAAU